AUCCUAAACUAAGAUCUAGCCUUCGAAGUGCGCAGACAAACUUUUGGAAACGUCAUGCAUCUGUAGGCCUAGCUGAAGAUUGCGGGAUUUGCCUGUUUGCAUCGUUUGAAAGAAGGCAUAACUAUUUGAUAACAAACUAACCGGUUACCUUAUGGAUCCUGUUGUCGAGGCAUUCGCUUUUUCCCUCGCUUUUCUGGGGUGGGUGAUGGUCGGGCUUGCCCUCUCGAACAGGCACUGGCGGGUGUCGACCGUGGACGGGAACGUUAUCACCACAUCAACGAUCUAUGAGAAUUUAUGGAUGUCUUGCGCCACCGACUCGACAGGAGUGCACAACUGCCGUGAAUUCCCGUCUUUGCUGGCCUUGUCCGGCUAUGUCCAAGCAUCCCGUGCGCUAAUGAUCUCGUCAGUUGUUUUGGGCACUUUCGGUCUGCUGGCGACUCUAGUGGGUAUGCAGUGCUCCAAAAUUGGAGGGGAGAAUUACGUCAUGAAGGGUCGGAUCGCAGGAAUCGGUGGCGUCUUUUUCAUACUGCAAGGUCUGUGCAUAAUGAUUGCAGUGUCUUGGUAUGCUUUCAACGUCACUCAAGAAUUUUUUGACCCACUUUAUCCUGGAAUAAAGUAUGAAAUCGGAGAAGGGCUGUACAUUGGUUGGAGUUCAGCUACACUGGCUUUAUGUGGUGGCAGCUGCUUAAUGUGUGCCUGUAGACUGCGUAGCCCAGAAGAAAAAAAAUCAGAUCUUCAGACCUUCAGAUCAUACCCCUACCAGCCUCAAUCAAGGCAUGCAGUUCAAACUGCCUCUGAAAUGUCCCACAUCCCUUCUAGCCAAUAUGGACGCAAAGCAUAUGUAUAAGGAACAGACUGUAUGCUGCUGAUGUGGGAUCAACAAAGUCAAUAUAUUACAGACUGUCACAAAACACAGAGACCAUACAUCACAAUGACUUUAUGAAAUGCAGUGAUUAAUAAUAUUAUAAUUAUAAACAAGCCCACUCUAUAGAAACUCUAUUACUAAUGUAAAUAGUCUAUAAUGUAUACUUAAAGCAUGUGUAAACAGAUUGUAACUUUGGUGUUUAUCCAGUAAAGCAUGUUUUUUCUAUGAUAAAAAUAUAUGCAGUAAACAGCUAUCAUUACAAGAGUUUGCGAGAAAACAGCAACGAUAUUUGAUCGUACUUUAAUGUAAAAUAAAAGGAAAAUCUGAACAUUUAUUUAAACGUUAUGUUGGCCCAGAAUAUUCUAGAUUAGUGACCCUUUUUCAAUGAAUCAAUAUUUCCUCUGAACUGAAUUACUGUGUACUCAAAGAAGAUUUUUACAUUAUUUUUUGCUCAACUACGCACAUGUAAUAAAUUAGCAUUCUAAAUCACUCCCAUAAUUUGAAUAUUAAUAUAACCUACAUGAUAACACUACCCUGAGAUGUUGUUUUAUAUUCAUAUACUGUUAAGAUCACAAAUGUAAUAAUAAUCAUGUUAUGAGUAAACAACACAGGUGAAUGCCCUCUGCUGGUGGUAUGAGGUUAUGAGGGACUUUAAGUGGUGCAAAGAGAUUAAAAAUAUUACUGUGAUUCUCC